AUGGCGUUGUGCGAGGUGCAUCGAUCGGCCACCGUGGCCUUCGCGCCCACGGAGCCGCUUAUAGCGAUGGGGACUAUGGCGGGAGCCAUCGAUCUCUCCUUCUCCUCCUCCGCCUGCCUCGAGAUCUUCCGCCUCGAGUUCGCAUCCACCACCGCAUCCGCCGACAAUCCCGCCGCAUCUGCCGCCUCCUCCGGCGCUGGCGUCAGCCCGGCCGGAACCUUCGGAAACGCCGCUGACGUGUCACCGGACGAUUUUUUUGGCGGGCUGGGCAGCCCUGACCAAUCCGGAGGCAAGGCGGCUGGCGGAGUGCCGGGAAGCGCGGGAGCGGGGGGCGGGCGGUCGGAUCUGCCGUCGCUGGGGGCGGCGACGGCGAGCGAUCGGUUCAAUCGGCUGUCGUGGGGAUCGUGCGGCGUGGAGCAGUCGGAGGUGUUCAGCCACGGCAUCAUCGCGGGCGGCCUGAUUGAUGGCACCGUCGCGCUCUGGAACCCCGCGCGCAUCAUUAGCGGCAAGACGGGCGAGGGAGAGGGAGCUCUCGUCGCCAAGAUGUCCAAGCACAAGGGCGCGGUGCGCGGGUUGGAGUUCAACCCAGCGGCGCCCAAUUUGCUGGCGUCAGGCGCGGAGGACGGAGAGCUCUGCAUCUGGGACCUCGCCAACCCGUCCGCGCCCUCGCUCUACCCCUCGCUCAAGGGAGCGGGAGGAGGCCCACAGGGGGAGAUAUCGUGUCUGGCGUGGAACCGCAAGGUGCAGCACAUCGUCGCUACCACCUCCUACAGCGGCCUCUCCGUCGUCUGGGAUCUCCGCAAGCAAAAGCAGGUCAUCAGCUUCGCGGAUCCAGUGAGCAGGAGGCGCUGCUCGUGUCUGCAGUGGAACCCCGAGAUAGCCACACAGCUCAUCGUUGCCUCUGAUGACGACCGCUCGCCCUCCCUCCAGGUUUGGGAUCUGCGCAAUGCCAUGUCGCCUGUGAAGGAGCUCACCUCGCACACCAAAGGAGUGUUGGCCAUGGCGUGGUGUCCCAGUGACAGCGGGCUGUUGCUCUCGUGCGCCAAGGACAACCGCACCCUCUGCUGGGACACGUCUGUUGGGGAGGUGUUGUGCGAGCUACCGGCGGGCACCAACUGGAACUUCGACCUGCAGUGGUCGCCACGGGUGCCAGGGCUGCUCUCCGCCUCCUGCUUCGACGGCCACGUCUCGCUCUACAACAUCGAGUCGGCUAGCAGCAAGGAGUCAGACUUUGGCGCGUCGCUCGCCAACAGAACGCCCAUGGCAACAUCCCGCGCGCCCAAGUGGUUGAAGCGGCCGUGCGGAGCAACCUUUGGCUUUGGCGGGCGGCUGCUGUGCUUUGGAAGCAAGGUGGGGCAAGCAGGGCAUGGGGCGCAGGUGGCGGUGCACAGUGUGGUGACGGAGGAGGGCGUGGUGGCCCGCGCUGACGAGUUUGAGGCUGCCGUGGCGGGCGGCGACAGGGAGAAUCUCAAAGCCUUCUGCCAACACAAGGCGCAGCUCGCCACUGCCCCAGAGGACAGGGAGACGUGGGACUUCCUCACAGUGCUCUUUGAAGACGAUGCCCGGCGCAAGCUGCUGGCACAUCUCGACUUCCCGCCCAUCCACAUCCCCAACCCCACCCUGCCCCCCGCCGAAGACCCUGCUGCCGCUGCCGCCGCUGCUGCUGAAGCCGAAGCAGCAGCAGCAGAGGCCGCGGCGGGAGAGGCGGGAGCAGAGGCGGCGGCAGCAGGAGUGGGAGGUCUGUCUCUUGACGGUGCUGGUGGGGAAGGAGGGGGGGUUGUGGCGGGGACGGGAACAGGGCUGGAUGGAAUUCCGUCCGCCACGGGCGACGUUGACUUCUUUGACGAUCUCGCUGGCAGCACCACUCCCAACGCUGCUGCUGCUGCUGCUGCUGCUGCAGCCACAGCAGGGGAAGCUCCGGGAGAGAACGGCGAGAUCACCGGGGAAGCAGCAGGGGAGGGGGAGGCGGAGGAGGAGGAGGAAGAUGACGAGGAAGAGGGGGAGGAGGGAGGCGGGGAGUGGGAGGGCGAGGUGCAGAGGGCGCUGGUGGUGGGGAACUAUGAGGCGGCAGUGGAGAGGUGUCUGGCGGCGGGCAGGGUGGCGGAUGCGCUCGUGCUGGCAGCAGUGGCGGGGUUCAACUCGGACCUCUGGGCACGCACCCAGCGCUGGUACCUCCGCCGCAACCGCCGCCGCUCUUUUCUCAAGGUGCGUGGGCUGGCUGUCGUGGGCGCCUUGUGGCUUUUGAGAGCUCUAGCCUCCCUUGUGGUUUCUGUUCUGCUAGACGCAGCGAGGGCUGCUCUGUGUGUGCCUCUUCUUUCUUCCUCCCUUGCACCCAGGCACAUCAAUCCCCUCAUCCCGUUCUCCCGUUUGCCACCAGCUCUUCUCCUCUCCCCAUCUCCACACCGUUGUGCCUGCACACGCCCAUCCCUGGCAGCAAUCACAGCUGCUGGGCUGCGACGCCACGAGCCCUCUAAUGCCGCUAGUGUGCUGAGGCUCGUGUGCUCGAGUGACAUUAGAGGGCUCGUGGCAUCGCAGCCCUUUUCCCUCCUUCCCAUUCUUAACCCUCGUUCGUUUCCACUUCCCACCCCCCCUCUCCGCUCCCCCUCCCUCCCCCCAUGUGGUGGAGAUGCAGCUACUGGGAGCGGUGGUGGCGAGCGGCAUCAGAGGGCUCGUGGCGUCACAGCCUCCUUCAACCCUCUUUCCCAUGCUUUAACCCUCGUCCCCUCUCCUCCCCUCCACCCCCUUCCACCCUAUCUUGGUCCACAGCUGCUGGGAGCGGUGGUGGCGAGUGACAUCAGAGGGCUCGUGGCGUCACAGCCGCUCUCUGACUGGCGGGAAACACUCGCCAUGCUCUGCACUUAUGCGCCAAGCCACGAGUGGUCCGUGUUGUGUGACGAGCUGGCAGCACGGCUCGAAGCGGCGGGGCAGUGGCAGGCGGCAACGCUGUGCUUCAUGUGUGCGGGCUCCAUUGACCGAGUCGUCGACAUCUGGGCCUCCCGCCUGCAGCCCUCACAGGGGUCCCCGCCCCUGCCGCACCUGCAAGAUCUUAUUGAGAAGGCAGUGGUGCUGGGCUUGGCUACAGGACAAAGCAGGGUCGGCGGCAGGUGGGCGGCGUCGCUCGUCUCAGAGUACGCAACGGUACUGGCGGCCCAGGGCCGGGCGGCGGCGGCACAGCAUCUGUUGUCUCUUCUGCCUCCGUGGGAGGAGAGUGUGAAUGACCCGAGUGUGGCCGAGGCUGCCACGGCUGCUGCUGCCUUGAAGGAGCGCAUCUACCGCAGCGGACUCGUUGUCGUGGACCCCUCACAGCCGGCCCCGCCCUUCCCCUUCACGUCUGUCGAUGUGCCUGUUGGCUCCACCACCACCACCACUGCUGCUGCUGCUGCUGCCAAGCCGUAUGCCACACAGCAAUCAGCAUUUGCUGUUGCGCCUGCUCAGCCUUCGUACUAUCAGUCACCAGCACCUGCCCAGGCGGCCCCGCAGCAGCCACAGCAGCCGAUCGCACACACCCCACCUCGCCCGCAGCAGCCGCCGCAGCAGCAUCAGCCCCAGCAACGGCAUCCGCAAACCUCCUAUGCAUCCACAUAUCAGCCUCAGCCCGUUGCUCCUCCUGCUCAGUCCUAUGCACAGCAGCAGCAACUGCAGCAGCAGCAGCAGCAGCAGCAGCAGCAGCAGCAGUAUCAACAGCAACAGCAACAGCAGCAGGUGCAGCAGCAGCAGUAUCAACAGCAGCAGCAGCAGCAGCAGCAGCAGCAGCAAGGAGCAAGGCCACACAUGUUCAUGCCCACUGCACCGCCCCCGGGUGUGGCCAUGCCGCAGCACCCCCCACCCAUGCAGCCCAUGCAGCCCAUGGCAGCAGGGCAGGCAGCACCAGGCGCACAGCCGUCCUUCAUGCCUGUUGCUCCCCCGCCUGUGGCCGCCCCGCCUCCAUCCACACAUCACAUGCCCUCCGGCCCUCCACCGGGAAUGAUGAUGCCCACGCAGCCGCCACCAGCAGCACGGGCAGCACAGGGACCCCGCCCAGUGGCCUUCACCCCAGUAGCUCCCCCUCCCGCCCACCGCAUGCCCACCGGCCCCCCUCCCGGCAUGGCCCCCACCGCCCCUCCCCCUGGAGUCUUCCCCCCUGGCGCACCCCCCCCUGGGGUGCUUCCCCCCGGGGUUCCCCCCCCUGGCGCUGCCCCCAUGAUGCGCCCCACUGGUCCCCCUCCUGGCGUGCGCCCCCCUGGUGUUGCUGCUGUGGGUCCGCCUGGGGCUGCUGCUGCUGCUCCUGCUGCGGCUGCACCCGCCCCCGCUGCUCCCGAGGCUGCGCCGCCCGCCCCGCCGCCCACGGUGCAAACAGCCGACACCUCCAACGUGGCCCGUGAGUUUUCUUUUUUUAUUGCCAGCCCGCCUCUCUCGUCUCUCGCCUCUCGUCUUCCCCUCCUCCCCCACACGAUGUGGCCCGAGAGUCUCUUGAACCGGGUGUGUGCUGCUCUCCCUCCCCUCUCCCCCUCUCUCCCUCUCUCCCCCUCUCUCCCUCUCGCCCCAGCUGAGCUGCGCCCAGUGGCAGGCACGCUGGGGAGGGUGUACAAGGAGGUGGCAGCGGCGGUGGCGGCGCAGGGCAAUGCGGGGAAGAAGAGGGAGAUGGACGCCAACAGCAAGAAGCUCGGGCUGCUGCUGCAGCGCCUCAACCAGCGCGAUGUGUCGCCCUCCGUAGCUGGCAAGCUGGGGCCACUCUGUGCUGCUCUGGAUGCCGGGGACUAUGCCACUGCUCUGCACAUCCAGGUGGAUCUGACGACCAAGGACUGGGAGGAGUGUGGCGUGUGGCUCACGGCGCUCAAGAGCGUUAUCAAGACAAGACAACAGCUGGGAUGA